AUGACUGAGGGCGAAUCUGAAGACAAUAUGCCUGGAGUCUCGAGCAACUGUGCGAUUCGUACAGUGCAUCCAAGUUGGAGAAGCGAUGAGUACAAUCACUUUCUUGUGGUUGUUGAUGAUUUUAUAAGUAAUCACAUGGACUUCAAUUCGGGUCAGAUGUUGAAGAGGUCCUUUGGUAGAGAUGCUGUUUUAGCAGUCCCGCCUAGAUUGACGUCCCUUCUCCCUCACUGGGCUUUUAGAGAUGAGUUUCAAUAA